AUGGUGUUCUCCCCCUACAAUGAAUAUUGGAGACAUUUACGAAAGAUAACUGUGAUGGAGCUCUUAAGUGUCAACCGUGUUUGGUCAUUCAGAUCGAUAAGGGAAGAGGAGGUAUGGGAUUUGAUUGAAUUCAUUGCCUCAUCUGAGGGACUUAGCAUAAAUCUCAGCGACAAGAUUUACACCAUGACAAGUGAUUUCCGGGGCAGCAUUUGUGAACAUAAGAUGAAGAGAAAAGCUAGUAACAACACCAAUGGUGAUGAGCGAGAUCUGGUGGGCAUGCUGCUUAAUUAUGAGGAAGCUAAUAAGCCUGAGUUUCAUCUCACAACCAAUCAAAUCAAAGUGGUCGCCAUGGGAAGACCUGACAUUUACUUUGCAGGCACUGAAUCUUUUGCAACCACAAUCGAAUGGGAACUGUCAGAGCUACUAAGAAACCUGAGAGUAAUGGAGAAGGCUCAAUCCGAGGAUAUAUUUUCAGCAGGAAGUGAAACUUCAGCAACAACAGUGGAAUGGGCAAUGUCAGAGCUUCUGAAAAACCCUAGAGUAAUGGAGAAGGUGCAAUCGGAAGUGCGACAAGUAUUCGAAGGAAAAAACAAAAUCGAAGAGGAAGAUGUUCAAAAGCUCCAUUACCUGAAAUUAGUCAUGAAGGAAACUUUUCGGUUGCACCCUCCGGGUCCUUUAAUCCCCAGAGAGGCAAGGGAAAGAUGUGAAAUUGGUGGAUAUACAAUACCAGCCAAGGCCAAAAUCCUCAUCAAUGCCUAUGCAAUAGGGAGAGAUCCAAAACUUUGGGCCGAUCCUGAAUGCUUUCAACCAGAGCGCUUUCAAGGUUCUUCCAUUGACUUUAAAGGCAACAAUUUUGAAUUGCUUCCAUUUGGUGCAGGUAGGAGGAUUUUUCCAGGCAUCUCAUUUGCUACUUCAAACAUUGAGCUUGGACUUGCUCAACUAUUGUACCACUUUAACUGGAACCUUCCAAAUGGGACUAAACUCGAAGCCCUCGACAUGGCAGAUAAUUUUGGAAUAACGGCUAGAAGAAAGAACAAUUUGCAUUUGAUCGCCACUACUUAUAUUCCUUUCAACAAAUGA